AUGAGUACCCAAUACUCAGUGGACUCAGCUGGCUCGUAUAUGCAAGCCAUGCAGGUCAUGGCAGAGGUGUCAGAGUCCUUGAGCUUUGAGAGAAUGAAGAGAACAUCACCUCACGAAAAUGACGGAAAGGGAAAAACCAGCAGUAAGUCUGUGGAUAACAAGAUGGCUCUCACAGUUUUGGCCCAGGAUAAGAACGACUGGGAUGCUAUCUUUGAAGAGUUUAAAAAUUUAAGCUUUGAGAAACUCAACUCUGUCUUAAAAUCCCACAAGAAAGGGAGCUCAAAGGCUACCUACAGGAAAAUGCUACGUUUGAUUCAGAACUGCUCCAGUCCUUUACCUCAGGAUGUUUUAUUGGAAUCGAUUCUGGAAAUUUUACAUGCUCAGGAUAAAAGUCAACUAGAAUCUGAGCUUCUCAACCUUUUGGGAGCAGGAAAUAUAGAGAUCAUAUCGUUUGUGUUACAGUCCAAGAAACAGCUUGCAUCUCAACCUAUAGAUCAAACAUUACAUCUGAUUUUGAAUCCAGACAGCUCUUCUAGGCUAAUGACAAAUAGAGAAAUGAAAGAGCAGGUUGCAGAGAAUGCAUACCUAGCCAAGAAUCAAAAACUGAAUGCAGCAGAAAAAGUUGUCAAAUAUCCUCAUGUUUUCAGGAAGUAUGAGCAGGGAGGAUCUUCCAUACUCUCUGUCUCGGGUCAGAAGUAUACUCUGCCAGUGGGGACAACCAGAUCUUCUCUCCAAACACAUGAAGAAAUUAGAAUUCCUGCAGCAGACCAAGCGGCUCACAGAAAAUCGCUAUAUACAAAGCUACUGAAGGUGAACGAUCUUGAUCGCUAUUGUAAGGCAGUCUUCAGUUACGAGACAUUGAAUCAGAUUCAAACAUUAGUGUAUCCAGUGGCGUAUGAAACCAAUGAAAACAUGUUGAUUUGCGCUCCAACUGGUGCAGGUAAGACUGAUGUUGCCCUCUUGACUAUUAUCAAUACUAUUAAGCAAUUUUCCAUUAUUAAUGAGUUAGGGGACAUUGAUAUUCAAUACGAUGAUUUUAAAGUGGUUUACGUGGCUCCAUUGAAGGCAUUGGCAGCUGAAAUUGUCGAUAAAUUUCAGAAGAAGUUAUCAUGCUUCGAUAUCAAGGUUAGAGAGUUGACUGGUGAUAUGCAGCUAAAAAAGAGUGAGAUUAUGGAGACCCAAAUUAUUGUAACCACUCCGGAAAAGUGGGAUGUCGUAACUAGAAAAGCGAAUGGUGACAAUAGUUUAGUCUCCAAGGUCAAACUCCUCAUUGUAGAUGAGGUACAUCUCUUGCACGAAGACAGAGGUUCAGUCAUCGAGACUCUGGUUGCAAGAACUCUAAGACAAGUCGAAAGUUCGCAGUCCAUGAUCCGUAUCAUAGGUUUAUCUGCUACAUUACCUAACUUUAUGGAUGUUGCAGACUUCUUGGGUGUUAACAGACAGGUUGGGAUGUUUUACUUCGACCAGUCUUUCCGCCCAAAACCUUUGGAGCAGCAACUGUUGGGUUGUAGAGGUAAAGAUGGUAGUAAGCAAUGUAAAGAGAACAUUGAUAAAGUAUCAUAUGAAAAAUUGAUUGAGAUGAUUCAAAAUGGAUACCAAGUCAUGGUUUUUGUGCAUUCAAGGAAGGACACAGUCAGGAGUUCCAGGACUUUUAUAAGUAUGGCGCAGUCAAACGGUGAAUUAGACCUCUUUGCUCCCGAUCCAACUAUGCAGACCAAGUAUGCAAAAGAACUUGCAAAAAAUCGGGACAGGGAUAUCAAGGAGAUUUUUCAAUUCGGUUUUGGUGUUCAUCAUGCAGGUCUUGCACGUACUGACCGUAACUUAACUGAACGCAUGUUCAAAGAUGGUGCAAUCAAAGUUUUGUGUUGUACGGCAACUUUGGCAUGGGGUGUCAACUUGCCCGCUGAUUGUGUUAUAAUCAAGGGCACUCAAGUUUACGACUCUAAAAAAGGUGGUUUCACGAAUCUUGGAAUAUCCGAUGUGAUUCAAAUUUUCGGGCGUGCUGGUAGACCUGGGUUCGGAUCCGCCAACGGUACGGGUAUUUUAUGUACUUCAAGUGAUUCUCUGGAUGAUUAUGUCUCCUUACUGACUCAGCAACAUCCUAUUGAAUCAAAGUUUGGUUCUAAACUGGUUGAUAAUUUAAAUGCAGAAAUCUCUUUAGGAAGUGUCACAAAUGUGGAAGAAGCGGUGCAAUGGCUGGGGUACACCUACAUGUUUGUCAGGAUGAGAAAGAACCCUUUUACUUAUGGUAUUGAUUGGGAAGAAGUGGCCUCAGAUCCACAAUUAUACGAUAAAAGAAAGACCAUGAUCGUUAAUGCAGCGAAAAGACUACACACUCUGCAAAUGAUUGUUUAUGAUGAAGUCCAACUAAAUUUUAUACCUAAAGAUCUUGGGCGUGUUUCAUCUGACUUUUACUUACUGAACGAAUCUGUUGAGAUUUUCAAUCAGAUGUGCGACCCAAGAGCUACCGAAGCUGAUGUACUGUCCAUGAUCAGUUACAGUAGUGAAUUUGAUGGAAUCAAAUUUCGAGAAGAAGAGGCUACGGAACUCGCAAGACUCUCAGAGACAGCCGCCGAAUGCCAAAUCGGUGGGAAUUUGGACACUCCUCAGGGGAAGACAAAUCUGCUGCUGCAGGCCUACAUUUCGCAGACUCGUAUUAUGGAUUCAGCUUUAGCAUCAGAUUCGAACUAUGUUGCUCAGAAUUCGGCAAGAAUAUGUCGAGCCCUCUUCUUAAUCGGCAUGAAUAGAAGAUGGGGUAAAUUUGCAAAGGUUAUGUUGGAUAUUUGCAAAUCCAUUGAGAAAAGAAUCUGGACAUUUGACCAUCCUCUUUGCCAAUUCGAUCUUCCUGACAACAUACUACGCCAGAUUAGAAGUAAAAAUCCUUCUAUGGAGCAUUUAUUGGAUCUCGAUCCCGAAGAGCUUGGAGAAUUGGUUCACAACAGGAAGAUGGGCAGUAAACUAUUCAGCAUUCUUAACAAAUUUCCAAAGAUUGACAUCGACGCUGAGAUAUUUCCAAUUACAGCGAAUGUCAUGCGAAUCCACGUUACGCUAAGUCCCAAUUUUGCUUGGGACUAUAGAAUUCAUGGAGAGGCCCAGUUCUUCUGGGUCACAAUUGAAGAAUCUGAUAAAUCCCAAAUAUUGCAUUUUGAAAAGUUUAUACUGAACAAGAGGCAACUCGCGAAUUCACAUGAAAUGGACUUCAUGAUACCUCUUUCAGACCCUCUGCCCCCCCAAGUAGUUGUGAAAGCGGUAUCAGAUAAUUGGAUUGGUUGCGAAUCUGUCCAUGUUAUUUCAUUCCAGCACUUGAUCAGACCUCACAAUGAAACUUUGCAAACGAAGUUGCAACGACUAAGGCCGCUUCCAAUCCAGGCUCUCCAAAAUCCUCUGGUGGAGUCCAUCUAUCCCUUCAAAUAUUUCAAUCCCAUGCAGACUAUGACGUUCCAUACCUUAUACAAUACCAACGAAAACGUAUUUGUUGGUUCGCCCACAGGAUCAGGUAAAACUGUUGUCGCAGAGCUGGCAAUAUGGCAUGCAUUCAGAGAUUAUCCUGGCAAAAAAAUAGUUUAUAUCGCCCCCAUGAAAGCCUUGGUGCGUGAAAGAGUUGACGACUGGAGAAAAAGGAUAACCCCGGUUACCGGGGACCGGGUGGUUGAACUUACUGGUGAUUCUAUACCUGAUCCCCGAGAUAUUCGGGAUUCGACUAUCGUAAUCACGACUCCCGAGAAGUUUGACGGUAUCUCUCGUAACUGGCAAACUCGUCAAUUUGUUCAGGAUAUCUCGCUUGUUAUUAUGGAUGAGAUUCAUCUCUUAGCUAGUGAUCGUGGUCCUAUUUUGGAGAUGAUUGUGAGUCGUAUGAACUACAUUGCAUCCCGUACAAGGCAGCCAGUCAGGUUAUUGGGUAUGUCCACUGCAGUAUCUAACGCAUAUGAUAUGGCCGGUUGGUUAGGCGUGAAAUCGCGUGGUCUUUACAAUUUUCCAUCGAGUGUGCGUCCUGUUCCUUUGAAAAUGUAUAUUGAUGGCUUCCCAGACAACUUGGCUUUUUGUCCAUUGAUGAAAACUAUGAAUAAGCCAGCAUUCAUGGCCAUCAAGCAACAUUCUCCUCAUAAGCCAGCACUAAUCUUCGUUGCUUCCCGUCGUCAGACGAGAUUGACUGCUUUGGACCUCAUUCACCUCUGUGGUAUGGAGGAUAAUCCAAGAAGAUUCUUGAAUAUUGACGAUGAUGAAGAGCUGCGUUACUAUCUAUCUCAGAUCACGGAUGAUACAUUAAGGCUAUCUUUACAAUUCGGUAUUGGUCUGCAUCAUGCAGGUUUGGUUGAAAAGGACAGAACAAUUUCUCAUCAGCUAUUUCAGAAGAAUAAAAUUCAAAUUCUUAUCGCCACAUCUACCCUUGCAUGGGGUGUGAAUUUACCGGCCCACCUGGUUAUCAUAAAAGGUACUCAGUUUUUUGAUUCAAAGAUCGAGGGUUACAGGGACAUGGACUUGACGGAUAUACUGCAAAUGAUGGGUAGAGCGGGAAGACCUGCUUACGAUACUACUGGUACAGCAAUUGUUUACACCAGAGAAGCAAAGAAAAUGUUCUAUAAAUAUUUCCUCAACGUUGGUUUUCCUGUCGAAUCGUCUUUGCAUAAAGUGCUUGAUGACCAUGUUGGUGCUGAAAUUGCGUCUGGCGCUAUCUCCAACAAGCAGGAAGCGAUGGACUUUUUGAACUGGACAUUUUUCUUCCGAAGGGCCCAUCAUAAUCCAACUUAUUAUGGAAUUGAGGAAGAUACAACAACAGCGGGGGUUAACAAAGCCUUGAGUGCGCUUAUUGACACAACAAUCAGUAAUCUAGAAAAGUCUCAGUGUGUGGAAACAUUCGGCACAGAAAUUGAAUGUACGCCAUUUUUGAGUAUAGCGUCAUAUUACUACCUCUCCCACAAGACCAUUCGCACUUUGUUAAGUCAAAUUCAUGAUAAAGCUUCAUUCAAGGAGGUAUUGAAAUGGCUUUCGUUGGCGGAAGAAUUCAACGAGUUGCCGGUUAGAGGCGGUGAAAUGAUCAUGAAUGUUGAGAUGUCAGCUCAAUCACGAUACUCAGUCGAAAGCACCUUUAAUGACCAAAAUGAAAUCAACAUGUUCGAUCCACAUAUCAAGGCAUUCUUAUUGCUCCAAGCUCACCUAAGUCGCGUCAAUCUUCCUAUUGCGGACUACAUUCAGGAUACUAUCUCCGUUCUGGAUCAGUCAUUGCGUAUCUUGCAGGCCUAUGUUGAUGUAGCAAGUGAACUGGGUUAUCUGAGCACUGUGCUUACGAUUAUCAAAUGCAUGCAGAGCGUUAAGCAAGGAUACUGGUAUGAGGACGAUCCAGUGGGUAUCUUACCAGGCUGUUCUUUAACUAGAAGAGAUGAGAAUUUGUUUGACGAGAGAGGUUUCAUCAUCAAAGAGGUUGAAGCCAAACCAUUGCUUUCUCUGCAAAAAAUUGGAGAAAUGGGAUACAAGAAGUUGCAAAGUGUUAUGAAUACGUUGAAUGUGCAUGAAGAUGAGAGGAAGCAGUUUUUGCAUGUUUGUCAAAGACUACCAGUGUUAGCUGAUAUCCAGGUGGAGGAACAAGAAAAUGCUGAGAAGUUAGUCAUCUUUGCAAAACAUGCUGGGUCUAAAUGGAACAAACAUUUUGAAGUUUAUUGUGAGAAAUUUCCGAAGAUGCAAAAGGAACUCUGGUUCGUUAUUGCAUACCAAGGAAAUGAGCUCAUGAUGAUAAAGAGAUGUCAGCCUAGAGAACAUGGCAAAGAGGUUAAAAUCAUCUGUGAUUUCAUUGUACCAGAGGAACUUAUGGGUAAGAAACUCACAUUUUUGAUUAUCAAUGACGCUCUGGAUCUCAAGUACGAGCUAGAGUACCAAUUGAAAUAG